ACUACCCAGCGCCGGGAAAAAGCAGAGUCAAUAUGGCGUCCGCGGAGCCGCCGCGCAAGAGGAGGCACGGCGAGGGAGAGGAGGGCGAGGCGAAAGGAGAGGAAGGGUCGGAGGAGGAAGGAGGGAGAGAAGAGGAGGGAGACCGCUGGGUGGGCCCUUUGCCUGGGGAGGCCGUGCAGGUGAAAAAGAGGAAAGGUAAGGGCGGGCGACGAGGAGGCGAGGAGCGGGGUGUCAGCCUCGCUGGACAGGGCGACUCUUCUUCAGCACUUCGUCCCUCCUCGUGUUUCCUUCGGAGCCUCUGGUGUCGGGUGGUUCGCUGCACGUUCCUUGGAGACGUGUUUAAAUUGAGUUGCAGGCAGACCAAGGCUACCUGCUGCCCAGUGUGGGCACUGUGCUUGCGGAUACCUGGCUCGGUGGUCGUGAUCUCUACGUAACUAACUGUUCAGGGUGUUGGGAGGUUCAGCUGUUAUGUCUCCUUUGCGCUCUUGACGCUUCUGACUUGACAUGCUCUGUCUUGCAUGACAUCUCCCGUAAGAGUGAAGCAUUUCUGUAUGUGAUGCUUAAAAAGGUAAAGGUAAAGGACCCCUGACAGUUAAGUCCAGUCGCAGACGACUCUAGGGUUGCGGUGCUCAUCUCGCUUUACAGGCAGCAUUUGUCUGCAGACAGUUUUUCCGGGUCAUGUGGCCAGCAUGACUACGGAACACCGAAACGAGAGCAGCGUACGGAAACACCAUUUACCUUCCCGCUAGAGCGGUACCUAUUUAUCUACUUGCACUUUUGGCAUGCUUUCAAACUGCUAGGUUGGCAGGAGCUGGGACCGAGCAACAGGAGCUCACCCCGUCGCGGGGAUUCGAACCACAAGCCCAAGAGGCUCAGUGGUUUAGACCACAGCGCCACCCACGUCCCUGUCCCUGCAAGUGCUUACCUGGCAGUAAGUCUCCUUGAAAGCACUGGUGCUUACUUCUCAGUAAAUGUGGUUUGAGUUAGGUUACAAGUUAAAUAAUAGCGUACCGGGCUGGAAUUUCCUUCUCCUAUACUGUAGUGGCUUAAAAUACCACUGUAUGCAUUUUUAUGUCUCGCUGAAUGUUCUGGAGAUUUUAAAAUUCAUUUUAAGUGGCACAGGUUGGGGUUCACAUGUUUAAAUGUAUCUCUGUGUACACAUGCAUGCAUGCAAACAAUCAAUCCCUUCACUCAGUUUCACUCAGCUUUAUUUUUAUGGAUACUUAAGUCAUGUGAGUAGUCUGAAGUAGUGCAGUCCAAGCACAAUUUUGCUGCUUGUGUGACAACUAGUUAUGUGUACACUUAUUUGUUUGUGUUGGGAUCAAGCCACAUAUAACAUGAUGAUACAGCUACACAGCUGUUUUCAUACCACAGUAUUGAAAGAGAAGUUUGUUCAGUUUGGUCCCUUUUAAAUCAAAAUAGUUCAAAUAACAUUUUUGAAAUGGAAUACGAUUUUUAGGAAACAAUAUUUCUUUAUUUAUAGUUCUUGAGUUUGAACAUGUCUACCUGGAUAAUCUCCCCAGUGCUUCGAUGUAUGAACGCAGUUAUAUGCACAGAGAUGUCAUCACGCAUGUAGUAUGUACUAAGUAAGUCUUUUUUCUUCUUUUUCUAUUUUAAGUAUUGUAGAAUUGGACUGGAUGUAUGUUUCAGGAAUUGCAUCUUGCCUAAAGAGUGCUUCAUAACAUUCCUGGAUUGCAGGGGGUUGGACUAGAUGUCCCUUGGAAUCCCUUCUAAUGCUACAAUUCUAUGCUUCUAUAAGUGCAGCAUAGCUCAUCCUGCUUUUUAGCUCCAAGCUUAAGGGGGAAAGUUGUGACAUGUCUUUGCUGCAUUGAGUCUGUUUCGAGCAUCUCUGAAGUGCGGCACAACUGUAAGAACCAUCUCUAGAGUUUCAAACUCUGUAGGAGGACUUGAGACAGUCCAUGUUGUAAUAUGCUUUGGAGACUCACCCAAGUGACCUUGUAAAGCCCAGUGUGAAAUGGAAUAGCAUCUCUGAGGUUCAGCAUGUUGUAUUAAAUAUCUUCCCUUUCUUUGGGGAAUAAGUAGUGUCCUAGUGACUGUACCUGUGAUUUGGCUUCCCAGACUAGCCAGAAGCUGCAGACUCCUGUGGAAGGUUGCUAGUAAAGCAGAGAUCUAGGUGUGUGGUUCUUUUAUAAUAUGAAGGUUAUCUGCUUGUACCUGCAGGACUGAUUUUGUAAUAACAGCCAGCCACGAUGGACAUGUCAAAUUCUGGAAGAAAGUAGAAGAGGGAAUUGAAUUUGUUAAACAUUUCCGUAGCCAUUUAGGUAAGUUACCGUGUUUGGUAUUUUCUUUUUUCAAAAAGAAUAUAUUAUUAUUUCAUCAUUUAAAUAUGCUUUAUAGCACACUUUAAAAAUCCGUACCAUAUUUUAAAAAUUGGGUUCUCUAAAGUUACUUAGCUUGAGUGAUUAGUUUUUGUGCAAGUAGGGUAGCCAGAUGACAGUGGGUAGACAGUUCUCCUGCGCCUUUAAAAGUUGCAUAGAAGAAGACAUUUCAGCUGGUGUACCUUGCAUGACAAGCAGCACCUGAUGAAAUUUCCUCUUCUACUGGUGCAGGAGUCCUGUCUUCUAUUUGCUGCUGGUAUGUACUGGGCUUCUGAGCUCUCUCUUCUUCAAGCCCUGGAAUCACCUAAAAACCCUUCUUGAAAAACGGCUUUUCAGUAUCAAAUCAGAUACUAUAUGGAGAACUGAGAUCAGAAGACUGCUGAAGCUCUCAGUCCAUAUUGUGAUCUUUGAAUCCCAGCCUUCUAGGGCCAUUUUAUACAUGACUAUUCAGAAAUAAAUCCUACUGAGUUCAAAGGUACUUUAUCUGUCCCUGCAGCUUUAGUUUGUGACAUAAUUCCAUCUGAAGCAUUUAUAUAGCAAUUAUGAUUUUGUUCAAUUUUUUCCUCAAAUUUAUUCUCUGUAAGUAGACUAUUUCCUUUAUUUUGCUUGGAAUAGGUGUUAUUGAGAGCAUUGCUGGUAGUUCAGAAGGUGCAUUAUUCUGCUCUGUUGGGGAUGAUAGAGCAAUGAAGGUUUUUGAUGUGGUGAACUUUGAUAUGAUCAACAUGCUGAAACUUGGGUAAGUCACUUUUCUUUUUUAAUGGUCCUGGUAGAUUUCUUAGUGCUUUAGAAUACUUCUGUCUAAGAGGUAAUUGGUUGUGAUUGAUUAUGGCACACAAAUAACGGUGACAUGUCUAAUUGCUGGUAUACUUUUAAUAAAGGAGCAGGAAAGAAUACAGCAAGCAAAUACAGGGUUGCAUUACAUUGCAUAUAAUCAUGAAUUGUGAGGGGGACAUUUAUCAGGAAAAAUGUAAAGCAAAUUAUAUUACUUAUUUUAAAGUUGCAGUUAUUUUGUUGAAUUCAGAUUCCUUGAGAUAAGACAUUGAAGAAAAAUAAGUAUUACUCUCCUCCUACAGCCUUACAAAAGGGACGCGGGUGGCGCUGUGGGUAAAACCUCAGCGCCUAGGACUUGCCGAUCGCAUGGUCGGCGGUUCGAAUCCCCGCGGCGGGGUGCGCUCCCGUUGCUCGGUCCCAGCACCUGCCAACCUAGCAGUUCGAAAGCACCCCCGGGUGCCAGUAGAUAAAUAGGGACCGCUUACUAGCGGGAAGGUAAACGGUGUUUCCGUGUGCUGCGCUGGCUCGCCAGAGCAGCUUCGUCACCCUGGCCACGUGACCCGGAAGUGUCUGCGGACAGCGCUGGCUCCCAGCCUCUAGAGUGAGAUGAGCGCACAACCCUAGAGUCUGUCAAGACUGGCCCGUACGGGCAGGGGUACCUUUACCUUUACCUUUUUACAGCCUUACAAGUGCUGCAAAGCACACCCAGAGUUUUACUUAAUGCAUGUCAGUUCAGGUGGAGUCUUGCAUGAAAAAGAGAUGAAUGUGCCGAGCUGCCCACCUCCAUUAAAGUAGCUGGGGAAAUUAAUGUACAGUAUCUGUGAACUUCUUAUGUGUUCUUCAGAGUUCAUGUCACAGGUCAUGCAUAUGUGUGUGGGAGAAGGUCCUUGGUGCAGUCUGUAUGAGAAAGAGAAUUUAUGUCCUGCCAUUCUUGUUUCUCUCUCUUAAAAAGAGAAAUUUUAAACACAAUGAAAAAUGCUGGUGAUGCCACAGGUGUUAGAUUAGAAUGCUGUCCACAUGCAGGUCCCAACACACCCAAUGAAGAUCAUGCUUACUUAUAUCACUGUAGUCAGUGGGAUUUACCUACCAAUCAUGAUUAGGAUUUUAUUGUUUCAGUCCAAUCCUGUGCAGUGAUUUACUGAGAAUUUCUGUUAAGUGAGUGUUCACAGGAUUUCCCCAUGUGACUUGGGAGUGAGUUUCAUUUAACACAGUGGGGAUUACUUCUGAGAAAACUGCAUAGAUACGGGUUGCAAGUAUAGUUAGCAAAAUGCUAAACUGAUUUUUAAAAUGUCUGUUACAAAACAGUUCAUGCUGGACUGUGUAGCUUCAUGUAGGCUAAACAGAAUAGCUUCAUGAACUGAAUAAAAUGAAAGUGAUUGCUCUACAGCAGGGGUCUGCAACCUUUAAGACAAAAAGAGCCACUUGGACCCAUUUCUGAAGAAAAGAAAACUGGGAGCCGCAAAACUCGUCAUUAUAAAAAUAAUUUUUUUGUCACUUUUUAUUAUUAUUUCUUUGUUUGACCCCUCAGAAUUACUCCUCCUCAUAGAAAUAAACGUUAAAUUAACAAGUUACCUUUUUGUGUGUGUGUGUUCUUCACUCCCCUUCAAAACAGUGACCAACGUACAUGCCCCCUUUCAAUGCAGUGACCAGCGUACAUGCCUCUUACAAUGUAGCGGGCGGGCGGGCAGGAAGGUGACGUCGGGACGGUGCGUGACUAACGCACGCACCGCCCCAUACGACGUCACAGCCGGUACAGCGCCCGCCACAGUGGGGAGUGUCGGGGCGCACAAUGCACCUCCUCCCCUCGCUAGUAUCCGCCCCGGAGCCGCAGCAAAGGUGUAAAAGAGCCACAUGCAGCUCCAGAGCCGCGGGUUGCUGACCCCUGCUCCACAGAAUAGGAAUUAUUAUAAUAUUUGUUAAUGAAAUGGUCAUCUUGUAGGAAAUAAUAUGUUUUGCCUAAAAACCUUGUUAAAUUAAAGCAAUAUUUCAAAAUAUUCUGGAGAAAAAUUAUUCCAUAUGUUUUGAUUAUUAUUAGCUUUUUUAUUUAGAAUAUUGAAUUUAAAUAUUUAAUCUAUAUUCCUAAAAUCAUGCCAAUCCAAUUGUUCUUUUUGUUUUAGCUACUACCCUGGCCAGUGUGAAUGGGUGUAUUGCCCAGGAGAUGCAAUAUCUUCAGUUGCAGCGUCUGAGAAGAGUACUGGGAAAAUAUUCAUAUAUGAUGGUCGAGGAAACAAUCAGCCACUUCACAUUUUUGAUAAGCUUCACACAUCGCCUCUUACUCAGAUACGACUGAACUCUGUCUAUAAAGUCAUAGUGUCAUCUGACAAGUCAGGAAUGAUUGAAUACUGGACUGGGCCUCGCCAUGAAUACAAAUUUCCCAAAAAUGUGAAUUGGGAAUAUAAAACAGACACUGAUUUAUAUGAAUUUGCUAAGUGUAAAGCAUACCUAACUAGUAUAUGUUUCUCCCCUGAUGGCAAAAAAAUGGCUACUAUUGGUUCUGACAGAAAAGUCCGAAUUUUCAGAUUUUUGACUGGGAAACUGAUGAGGGUCUUCGAUGAAUCUUUGAGUGUAAGUAUAUAUAUAUUUCAACAUUCAGUUACUUGCCAGUACAGAUGAUCUUUUUUUAUUUCUUUCACAGAUGAGAAAUACAUAUAUACAAAUCAUCCUCUAUAAAAGGAAUAUUUUCAGCAUUACAUUGCAAUAUCUGUUUAACAUUAUUACUACACUGGCGAUUUAUUCUUCUUUUAGUUAUACUCCUCAGAGUAUGUGGGCUAAUAGACUGUAAUAAAGAUUCUGAUAAAAAUGGAUACCAUGAAGUUAACAAUCAAGGAAAAAUUAAAUGGUAUUUUUAGAAGACUUUACUGUUGUUACAAAUGUUAACUGAAUUACUUUUAUUGUGCUUUCUAAUAAAAUUUUAUUACUUUUAAUUUUCUUCAACUCACAUUACUUAACUGUCUAACUACUAUAACCUUGUCAGAUGCCACAUCCAAUAUAUGAAUUGCCAACAUUUUGCUAUACAUGUUGAAGUAUGUAUUUUAAUUGUGUAAAGACACAUGUAACUAACAUUGUUGUAUGUUACAUAAAUUGACCUUUUUAGCACAUAAUACUAAACUGUGUUUUGUUUAGCCAAAAUAUGGCUCAUCAGAGUGACCAUAAUUUUUUUCUGGCAAGAAACCAUGAUGUGAAGCCGUGGAGUCUUGUGGGCUUAUAAACCAUGGCUUGUUUUAAUUCUGGUCUGAUGUUCUAUUUUAACCAUGCUUAACCAUGGCUUGUUUGACCAUCUCACAUUAAAUACUGUCAAUCUACAGAGGCAAGAGCAGCUGGAAAACAAACCAAGCUUUGGAGAAAUAAGUCAUGUUUUAUUAGCUCAUCUAUGAGACUUGUGUUUUGAACAAAUCAUGGUUAAGUCAAGCCAUGGCUUAGAGUUAUGUGCAAACACAGCAUUUAUGUGCAUACUCAAUCUCCUUUGCACAUGAAUAGAGCACAUGAAUAGAUGUGGCAUCUCCAUGAAAAUAAUUCUGCCAACAUUCCUAAACUCUUGCAGAUAAAACUAUACUAAACUAAAAACCAAUGUAGCCUACUACAAAAUAAAUAAGAAAGAAUUUAGGUGUUGUGUUUGAUGGGCUAUAUUGAUUUAUUCAUUGAACUUAUAACCAUUUCAUUAUAUGUCUCAAAGCAGCUUACAGAAACAAUUAACAUGCAUUAUACAGAAUUUAUUAAAAAUAUAUCCAAGUCAAGUUAAACACACAUUAUAGGUGGUGUCUUGUUUCUGUAGAUGUUUACUGAGCUGCAACAAAUGAGACAACAGCUGCCUGACAUGGAAUUUGGUCGGCGUAUGGCUGUGGAGCGGGAGCUGGAAAAAGUGGAUGCUGUCAGGCUAAUUAACAUCAUUUUUGAUGAAACUGGACACUUUGUGCUCUAUGGGACAAUGUUGGGAAUCAAGGUCAUAAAUGUGGAAACAAACAGGUAAGUCUUGCUCUUACUAUUUCAUGUUAGCUGUACCUAUGUUGUUUUGUUCAGGGAUUUCCAAGAGAUUUUAAAGAAAGAAGCUCAGCCUUCAUAGGCUCUUUAAUUGUUCCAAAUUGAUACAUAAUACAGUUAAAUAGAAUUGAGUUGGCAUUACUCAUUGGGAGAGCUAUAGCUCAGUGGUAGAACAUCUGCCUUGCAUGCAGAAGGUCCCAAUUUCAAACGCUGACAUCUCCAGGUAGGGCUAGGAGAGACUUCUGUCUGAAAUAGUGGAAAGCCCUUUCCAGACAGUGUUAACUGUACUGAGCUAAUUGGAUCCAGUGGUCUCACUUUGUAUAAAGCAGUUUCCUCUGUUCCUAUGAUCCAUGUUAGUUAAUUUAUAUGAUUAGUGCCUCCUGAUCUGCUAGUGAAAUGCUUACCAUCUUUUAUCACCUAUGGGGAAUAAUGUAUGCUUUUCAGAAAGUUAACUCUGACAUUUUGGUACUUUGUCUGACAAUCACAACUCUUCUAUGUAGGUGAAUAGCCAUGGUUUAUUGUUGGCUUAUAAACCAUGACUUGCUUAAACUCUGGUUUGAACCCCACAUCCCACCCACCCCCUGAUAUAGUAGUCCUGUGACAGGUUUAGAAGAAAAUGGCCUUGUGAGUUAAUUGUAUCCCCCUUGAAACCAAGGUUAGUGCACGGAAUGGAGGCCCACCCCCACCCCCCAGAUGUAAAGAUUCAGUGCCCAGUUUCACAUUCCUGCUGAAUGAUGAUAGGGGACUAUCCACAUAAUUUGCAGAUUUCCAUUGGUUAAAUGAUUCCAGAUCAUACAUUUUCAUCAGCUACCCAUCUGGGACCCAUAAUAUGAGAACUGAUACUUUAGAUCAGCUUUCUGGUGUGUUAUAACUGACACUUUUUCAUUAUCCAUUUGUAUUAAGAGUAUUACUUCCAAAUAUGUUUGUUAAGAACAUAACAGCCCUGCUGUAUUGGGCCAGAAGUUCACCUAGUUUCUAAGCCCACAGUGCCUUCCAGAAGGUCGUCGAUAUCCCUAUGAUGUACUGGGGAUCUUUGCUUCCAAAUUAAUCCAAAAAUUAAUAUGAUUUUUGGAUGCAGGGUGCUCUGAAAUAUUACAUAUUAAAGGCAGGCUACAUAAUGAUUUUGAAGCUCACGAAUUUUCCUUUCCUGUAUGUAGAUGUGUUAGAAUCCUAGGCAAGCAGGAGAACAUCAGGGUCAUGCAACUGGCUCUGUUCCAAGGUGUCGCAAAGAAACACCGUGCUGCUGUUACAGUAGAGAUGAAAGCAUCCGACAACCCCGUUCUUCAGAAUAUCCAAGCUGAUCCAACAAUAAUCUGCACCUCCUUCAAAAAGAACAGAUUUUAUAUGGUAAGUUUAUACCAGGGGAUCUAGCUGGCAGUUUUCCCACCCCCUGUAGGCUACUUUUAGCAGAUGGGUGUGCUGCCCAUCUUUCAAUCACCUAAAGUUGCCAAGUGAUUUCCCCCCUUUUUGAUAACCUUUGAUAUAAUACUCUUCACAUGUCUUACAACUUGGUUCUAAUUCUAAUAUGAAUUUUAGUACAUUUUUGUACUUCCUUAUACCAAACAAAUAGGGUGGGGGUGUCUUGGUGACUAUUUCAUUAUGAGAACUCCGCUUAAGGUAAAAAUGCAGUAGAAACCUUCAAAGAUACAGGGGCCACAGAAACAUGUCUUUAAAGCUAUAAAAACUUAAUAUUUUUUGUUGAGAUUUUUGUUGAGAUGUUGACAGUCUUCAGAUAUUCUAAAAAUAUGCCAAAGGUCAAUUCCUUUCACUUGGCAUAUGACCAGAAACAGUUUGCAAACUACAGCCUAUCACUAGUUAGGAACAAAAUGUCUUUGGAACUACAGUGUAUGAUCCUUCCAAUUCCAUUAGUCAAUAAGAGAAACAAGGAUGCUGCUGCUAUCUUGUCCUUCAGUUUACCAAACGUGAACCAGAAGACACCAAAAGUGCAGAUUCUGACAGAGAUGUAUUUAAUGAGAAGCCAUCUAAAGAAGAGGUCAUGGCAGCCACUCAAGCUGAAGGACCCAAGCGAGUUUCUGAUAGUGCCAUUAUCCACACAAGCAUGGGAGAUAUACAUGUCAAGCUCUUCCCUGUUGAGUAUGUAUAUGACUACUUUUAUAUUUCAUUCCAUUUUUAAUAAAGAUUCUCAUUAUCUUGAGCUACUGUUGGACCAUUCACUACCAUCAUUGACAGAGCUGCACCUUUUCCCUUGGUUUGCUUAUGUUCCAUUCCCUCAUAUCUAUGGCACCACCAUUUUUGUUCUGGUAAACCAUUUUUACUGCUACUGCUUUCUCCUACAUUGUGACAAAAGGAAGAAGCUUGUAAGCUUUCCUUUUUUCCAUGACAAGAAGGCAGUUUUAAUUUGUAAUAUGCAAAAUGAGUUACAGAAUGUGAUCAUGAAUGAAGAGUUGUCUUCCUACUGAAUGAUCUGCCAGUUCUUUAUGGAUAGCUGCAGUCAAGUGCUCUCAGUUUCACUAGAGCAUCUACAAAUACGGACUAAUUCAAAACAUUACCCUAUUCCAGUGCACUAAGUACUAUACUAACAUCUAAUACCUUUUAACUGCAGGUGUCCCAAAACAGUGGAAAACUUCUGUGUACAUAGUAGGAAUGGCUACUACAAUGGCCACACCUUUCACCGCAUAAUCAAGGUAACUUUGGUAUUAGUAACAAUAUUUCUGUGUUCUCAAAUGUUGUUAAGCUCGUUAGAUAAACAGGGCUGCAAUAUCUUUAAUUUUUCCUGUCCCAUAAUGGCUUAUGCACAUCUUAUUAUUAAGUCCUACCCUACUUGUGGAUUUUGCAUUUGCAUUUCUGAAGGAUUUUGUGCAGAAUUCCAAAACUGUAAUCACAGCAUAUCAAUCUGGGAUACAGUGGUGUCACCACUGUAGAUAAAAUGGAUAGACAUUUUUUCUCUUUUCUUGGUAAUACUGAAAUUUGGAUCUCUUAAUGACACUGAUUAAUAGAUUUGAGUCAGACCAAAAAAAGUACUUCACACAGUACAUAAUUAAUUUUCAAAAUUUGUUGCUAUGAGAUGUGGUAAUCGCACUAGGCUUUAAAAAGGGAUGUGACACAUUCACAGAGGAUAAGGCUACAUGUAUGGAUGCUGGUCCUGAUGGCAGUAUGGUCCUUCCUGGUUGCGAGGCUGUAUGUUUCUGAGUAUCAGUUCUGGAAACAGCAGCAGGAGGAGGCUCUUGUCUUCAAGUCCUGCUUGUGGGCUUUCUGGAGGCAUCUGAUUUAGCAACCAUUUUAAGCAGGAUGUUGCACUGUGCCUAAUCCAGCAGGGCUGCUAAUGUCCUAAAUUGUGAUUUUUCUUUCUCCCCCUCCAAACGUAGGGCUUCAUGAUCCAAACUGGAGAUCCUACUGGAACCGGAAUGGGAGGUGAAAGUAUCUGGGGAGGAGAAUUUGAGGAUGAGUUUCACUCAACUUUGCGACAUGACAGGCCCUACACGCUUAGUAUGGCUAAUGCAGGACCAAAUACCAACGGCUCACAGUUUUUUGUAACAGUAGUGCCAACUGUAAGUACCAUGUCAGAUGUCUUAACAGUGGUCAUUGAAUUGCCUCUUAGUGAGUAGCAAAAGUUUUGAGGCUGUUGGUAGAUGGAAGGGUGUUCCAUUGUGUCUGUUGUCUACUAUAAGGAUGAGGAAGCCUAUGGACUUCCAGAUGUUGUUGAACUACAGCUCCUGUCAUCUUGUGACUAAUGAUCAUGCAGGCCUUGUAAUGCAGGUUAUAGUCCUGUAACUGAAAAACCACGUUUCCCAUCCCUAGUCUACUUGGUGGUUAUAGGGCAAGGAGCUGAAGGCAGCCACCAUAUUACAUUAGCUGCAGAAAAACAUUAUUGUUAUACUUUGUUUCCCUGAACAGAUGAGGUAAUAAGCCUGUACCUGGCCUGUACCAUUUCAGUUGUGGGUGGGAGCACCCAUGAUUGAAUGCUUCUUCAGAGAGCCAGCAUCUUUUGCUGCCCUUGACAGCCAGCUAGAAUUUGUUACUAUAUGCUCUGCCUUAUCUCCCAACUCAGCAGAGUAGCAGGGUCUUCUCUGAUGUGGAAUUGGGCUUUGAGAGCACUUGGAGGCAUUGAGUUUGGUUAUACUGUGAUGCUUCCAAAGCUUGCCACAAUUGCAGGAAUGAACCCCUACCCUUCUGCUGGGCUUAUGAGAACAGCAAGGAGACACAUUGUUGUACAGGGUGCGUCCUUUAAAAGAGGCCCCGUGGAUACAGAAUACACAUGUUCCACAGGGCCUCUUUUAAAAGACUCACCCUGUAUAUGUAACUGUGCUUCAGAGGGUUUGGAGAAGCAGGAAGAAGUUUGAAGAGCAUCAGCAUCCCUCUGAAACCAGUGCAAAACUGGAUAUGAGCUAUUGCCCACUUCUCAUUUUUUGUGCAUAUGUCAGGUUAAGAGAUGCUGGCUAUUAGCAAACCCCUAUGUUCCUCUGCAGACACUGGCUGAAAAGUCCAAAUGGAGUAGUUCUCUGUAACACAGCUUUAAUCUGAUUACUUUUUUAAAUUAAAAACAUAUCUUGCCCUUCUUCUGAGGUGCUUGUGACAUCCUAUCUGCUUUAUUCUUGCUACUACCAGAUCUGGAAGAUAGUGAUUGACCCAAAGUGUGCUGCAGUUCAAGGCUGAGUUUCUAUCUGAAGGCAGGGGUCCCUGGGCUAAGUCCAACACUUGUCUUUCUUCCACUAGAUAGGCCUCAUCCCUGAAUGACUUGCAUCCAGUGUGGCUGGGCAGAAAACUUUCUAGGUCGGGUCUCUCCCACCCCCCUCUGUUAUCCUCUGGCAGGAUAACAGAGACAUGAGGAGAGGUUUUAACAUCAAACCUACUACGCAGCUGCUCUCCUGGCUGCUUACCAUCAAGAGAUGAGUUAUCUGUUUCAUAUUAUUGUUAUGUUAUAUGUUGCCUUGUGAACCACUAGAUUGGAAAGGGGGAUACACAUAUUUAAUACAAAUAGCUUAAAUAAUCUGUUUGGUAAGAAGGUAGCAGGAUUUAGUUCUCCUACCCCACCCCCCACCAAAUGAUCAAAACUUGUCCACAACCUAAUAUGUGCACAGAAACUGUAAAGGCAGUACCAGUUUUGUGUUUAUGGUUCAUUAUCCAGCUUGGGAUAUCUGUGGAAACUGCUUCCGUGCACAUGCAGCCUUUUGGAGAGUUAAACAAGUCAGCAAACAAGCAAGCAUUAAGUGUAAUAGUGUUUAAUUACAGAGAUCCUGUUAGCGAUAGUUUACAUUACACAGUUCUCAGUAUAGUAACUUGAGAUUUAAUCAUAAUUUUCUCUUCCUUUUGCUCCGCCAACUUGAUCUAUGGCCUUGCGCAGCCAUGGCUGGACAACAAACACAGUGUAUUUGGAAGAGUAUCUAAAGGAAUGGAAGUCGUCCAGAGAAUUUCAAAUGUGAAAGUCAACCCCAAAACUGACAAGCCCUAUGAAGAUGUCAGCAUUAUUAAUAUCACAGUGAAAUGAAAUAAGAGUUUUAAAGAAACCUUGCAAUUAAGGGACUUCAAAAACGAUGCACCUCGUAUCUCAGUUUUUCUGCAGUGGAAAGGUUGAUAUCUGCUCUGAAACUUUCUAAUCAUUAUGUGUCUGAGGUGCUCUCAGCUGUAUCUUUUUAAAAAAUGUUUUUUAUACAAAAAAUAAAAGCCAGCCAUGUUAAGAAAAA